UUUGAGAGGCGAAUGUUAGGUUAGAAACCAGAAAAUAAAUUGAUUCGUUUGUUAUUUGGUACCGCAAAGGAAAGUAAUUCGCUUACACAGAAUUUAUUUCGAGUUGGCGCUCACCGAAAAAAGCAAGCGAAUAAAUUUUGUAGGGCGGGCUUCGUUUAAAAUGUAGCAAAAAAAAAAUAAAAGGCUUUGUUUUCGAAACCGUCGUUCAAUAUGAUGCCAAUAGUUAAUAAUCACGAUAUUGCCUGCUUUUUCGUCACAAAGCAUCACAUAUGGAAAGGAAAAUAUAAGAGAAUAUUUUCUAUCGGCUCCAAGGGUGUGACAACCUACAAUCCUACAAGUUUAGAGGUGACUAACAGGUGGUCUUACAACGAUUUUGUAUCGAUUCAACCCCUCAAAGGCACACCAAAUGAGUUCCAGAUAAGUGUCAAGAAAGAGAAAAAGAUCCUAAAAAUGACAUUUUCAACGGAGCACCGCUCUCACCUCAUAACCGAAGCUCUCAGGUUUAGACAGAAUUUUAUGGAAAAACCCAAGGAUGUAUAUAGGUACCAAGCUUAUAAACACCAUUGGUCGGACAUAAGACUGCCAGUUCUCUUAGAAGUCACUCCAUAUUCGUUAGAUCAAUUGGAUCCUACCACCAGUUCUGUGCUUGCCAGUUAUCAUUUUAAGGAUUUUGAAGGAAUAUGCACCAUCUCUGACUAUCCAGGUGGAUUUGUGAUUGUGUGUGGCGGAUUUGGCCGGUUACACUUGUUCCAAGCGGCCGAUUUUGAACAAAUCAAAAUUAAAAUUAUGGAAUUUGCUGCAUCAUUCUUGGCGGUAAAUAUCAAAGUCCUAGGUCAGCCAAUCAAUUUAGAGGACUUUCAGAGACAAAGGUUUGGUAAAUACAGCGACGACAAUUACCUGACAUCAGUUUCUGAAUUUUCUGUGUACAAAAUCCAAAAACCGAGGCACUCUGAGCCAGUCAGACGCAUACUGUGCUUGUCGGAAGUGUGCCUGCUCGAGCGUGAUCCUCAAACUUACAGUAUUUGUACUUUGCAACCUCUAUGUGAUAUUUUCGCUUUAAUUCGUGAUAACAAAAACCCGCAGUUGUUCAGUGUGGCAUAUGUCAAUGGGCAAAUUAGAACUUACACCACUACCGAUAGGGAUGCAUUAUUAGCAUCACUUCUUGAUGGUGUUAGAGCCUCGGGCAACAAAGAUAUUCACGUAACAAUGAUCCAAACGCAGAGGGGUCUUAGAUUGGGGCCGUUGCAUUUGCCCGUUGAAGAGGAAGCGGAAAGUUUACACUUGAAGUUCCUGCAGAAUCCGCCCGUCACAGAGAACUUCUUCAGAUGUGUGCAGAGGUUCAACGCUAAUGCUCCUUACAGCGGGCUGUUGUACAGUGUGAGCCAAGAGGGUAUUUUCUCUGAAAACAAGGAGAAACUGAUCAUGGCGGCGCUACAGUCGCUCGUCGCGAAAGAGGGCGAUCAGAAAACCAUAUCAGCAGAGGAGCUUGAGGCACAGUUCCAAGCGUUGAGGCGGCUCCUGGCCAGCAAAGUCGGUUACGCCUCCUUCACCAAAUUGGCGGGGUUUCGCGAAGCGAUCGGCAUGAAGGUGGUGACCGCGUUGAAACGUAACGACUUUGCUGUCACACACGCCGCCGUAGACAUGAUCGGAGCCCUGAUGCAUCCGAUGCAUGAUGACUACGACCUGAGACAGGAGCAACUGAACAAGUCAUCUCUGCUGCAAACGAAAUCGUUCUUGGAGAGUUUGCUCGGCAUGUGGGCGACGCAUAUAGUCCAAGGCACCGGCGCCCUGAUAGUCACUGCCAUGUUGGAUUUUUUGACGUUUGCCUUAUGCGUGCCGUACAGCGAGACCACUGACGGCAAACAUUUCGACAACUUGCUGGAAAUGGUCGCUGAUCGGGGUAGGAUCCUGUUCAAGUUAUUUCAGCAUCCUUCGAUGGCUGUAGUGAAGGGAGCGGGAUUAGUCAUGCGCGCCCUCAUUGAGGAGGGCGACUCGGAAGUGGCGGCUAAAAUGCAGAACCUCGCUCUCGCAGAAGGCGCGUUGCCCCGUCACUUGCUCGCUGCCCUCUACACCCAGGGUUCUGACGGCAGAAUGCUGACGCAUCGGCAACUGUCGAGACAUCUGAUCGGAUUAUGGAUCAGCGGCAACCCCAUCGCCAUGGGUCUCCUCAAAAGGAUUAUGCCCGUAGGAUUGAUCGCCUUCCUCGACUCGAGGGACGCUCUUCCUGACUCGGCCAAGGAACGCGAAAUGCUUAAUCAUCGGGACAACCUGAAGAUCGCGCAGGACCACGCGUCGAGGAUGAAGAAAAAUCCGAACUGGGCAGCUAUGGAACGUCAACUGAAGAACGUCGAGAAACAGGUAGAGCAUUACACAAACCUGGCGCUGCAACACUGGGGUGCGCGAGUUGGGAUCAAUCUUAAGAGGGAGGAGAAGACGAAGGAGAGACCGGUGGUGUUGAGGAGGCGGAGGGAGAGGAUCAAGGCGGAAAGCAACUGGCCUUUGUUUUAUUGGAAUUUUAGUCAGGAUCACGCGUUGCCCAAUUUGAUAUGGAACCACAAGACCCGGGAAGAGCUGCGCUGUGCAUUAGAAAAUGAGAUCCGCAUGUUUGCCAACGACAGAGACCUCGCGGGUAACGCCCUCGUUGCGUGGAACCACCAGGAGUUUGAGCUGGACUACCAGUGCCUGGCCGACGAAGUGAAAAUAGGGGAUUACUACUUGCGUCUUCUGCUAGAAAUGGACGAGAAUAACGACGACUCGCCCAUCAGAAGAUCGUAUGAGUUCUUCAACGACCUCUACCACCGAUUUCUCCUGACCAAUAAGGUCGAAAUGAAGUGUAUGUGCCUGCAAGCGAUGUCUAUCGUAUACGGUCGGUACUACGAAGACAUCGGGCCCUUUAGCGACACAAAAUACAUCGUGGUGAUGCUUGAACGGUGUACAGACAAAAUGGAGAGAGACCGUCUAAUUACGUUCAUCAACAAAUUGAUAUUGCACCGACGCAACGUCAGAGAUCUGAUGGAUAUGGGCGGGGUCAAGAUACUCGUCGACCUGGUCACUUUGGCUCAUCUGCACACCUCCCGAGCCAUGGUACCGACUCAGACGAAUGUCAUAGAGGCGGGGCCAGGCAUGAGCGUCGAGCAGAAACGCGAGUGGCACUAUAAUACAGAAGAGGGCAGCAAAGGGCCAGUUACUUUUGAUGAGGUCAAGGAGCUGUUUCAAAAAGGCGUCAUCAAUCACAAAACCCGCUGCUGGGCAAUGGGCUUGGACGGUUGGCGCGCUUUCUCUCAGUUACCUCAACUCAAAUGGUGCCUGCUGGCCAAAGGCACCCCCGUAUUAAACGAAAGCGAACUCGCUACUUACAUACUGAACACGCUGAUCAGGAUAUGCGAGUAUUUCCCUAGCCGAGACUCUGACGACGCGGUCAUCAGACCCUUGCCGAAGAUCAAGAGGCUGCUGUCAGAACAGACGACCCUAUCGCACGUGGUGCAGUUGCUGCUGACGUUCGAUCCGAUCUUGGUCGAGAAGGUAGCUACCCUGCUACAUGACGUGAUGAAAGACAACCCUGAAAUGCCCAAAGUAUACCUCACCGGCGUGUUUUACUUUAUCCUGAUGUACACCGGCAGCAACGUGUUGCCCAUAGCCAAAUUUCUGAAGUUGACACACAUCAAGCAAGCGUUCAAAGCGGACGAAAACACCACGUCAGACAUAAUGCAGAAGAGCAUACUGGGCAAACUGUUGCCCGAGGCUAUGGUUAACUAUUUGGAGAACCACGGCGCAGAAAAGUUCGCGCAGAUAUUUUUAGGCGAGUUCGACACUCCCGAAGCCAUAUGGAACGCUCAGAUGAGGCGUCUGUUAAUCGAAAAGAUCGCCGCUCACAUAGCGGACUUUACGCCCCGCCUCAGAAGCCAUAACAUGGCCAGGUACCUAUACAUAGCCAUACCUACGGUGCGAUACCCUCAGCUGGAACGCGAGCUCUUCUGUAACAUAUUUUACUUGCGCCACCUGUGCGACACCAUUAAGUUUCCGGACUGGCCAAUACCCGACCCGAUCGGACUACUGAAAGACGUCUUGGAUGCGUGGCGAACAGAAGUUGAGAAGAAACCGCCCCUCAUGACCAUCGAGGAGGCGUACGCGAAGUUGGGUCUGGAUGGUAUCAAUCACGACGAAGCGAAGAUCCGAAAGUCGUACUACAAGCUCGCCCAGCAGUACCAUCCGGAUAAAAAUCCAGACGGCAGGGAAAGGUUCGAGGAGGUGAACCAGGCCUACGAGUUCCUCUGCAGCCGUAUCAUCUGGAACACUGACGGUCCAAACCCCAAUAAUAUAGUCCUGAUCCUCCGCACUCAGAGCAUCUUGUUUUGCAGGUAUUCUGAAGUGUUGCACCCGUACAAGUAUGCCGGGUAUCCCCAGCUAAUCAAAACCAUUGGGAUAGAGACCGCCGAUGAGCAACUCUUCUCGAAAACUGACCCUUUGCUCUCUGCUGCCACUGAACUCGCUUACAGGACGGUUCAGUGCUCGUCUCUCAACGCCGAGGAGCUCCGGAGGGAAAAUGGACUGGAAACCUUGCUGGAAGCUUACUCCAGGUGCGUGAACGUUCUGAGCAACUCCUCAAAGCCAAAUGACACUGCUGUCCAGGUGUGCCUGAACAUUACCCAGUGCUUCAGUGUUGCCGCCCAGUUCCAAGCCUGCAGGGAAUGUAUGAUAAAUCUGACGCAGCUGGUCAAGGACCUCUGCCGUAUAUUGUACUUCAAGCACUUGACGAAACUGUGUUCCGCGGCCACGGAAUGCGUCCAAGCGCUGGCCGUUGAUCCGAUCUUGCAGCUCGAACUGCUCAAGGCCGGAGCUCUUUGGCACCUUUUACUAUUCGUCUUCAAGUACGACUACACCCUGGACGAGGGCGGAGUCGAGAAAAGCGAGGACUCAAACGAGCAGGAGCUGAGCAACCGGCUGGCCAAAGAGUCGGUCAAGGCAUGCGCGGCGCUCGCUCGCUUUAAGGGCGACCCUCAGACCGGUACCCGCGAGAAUUUAAUCAUGGGCAUUCUCGAAGGUUUGAUUACUCCUUAUGUGGCCCGACAAUUAAUGAGCGAUCAACCGGAAGAGGUAUUGAAGACGCUGAACAGCAAUAGCGAGACGCCAUAUUUGAUUUGGGACAACGGGACACGUGCCGAGCUCGUCGAUUUCCUGGAAAGCCAGCUCGCGGUGAGAGACGACUUCGAUUUGAACAUUGGCAGCGAUUUUAAGUAUUCCGCACACAAAGAGGAACUGAAGAUAGGCGGAAUAUUCAUACGUAUCUAUAACGAGCAGCCCAUGUUCCAGAUCAAGGAACCGAAAAACCUGGUAGUUGACAUUCUCGCUUACCUGAACGAUCAGUCGUCUUACCUUUUCAACCUGGUCAACAUUGCGUAUUCGGUGACGAUCGAAAAACGACUCGAACAUUCGACUAUGGCCCUCGCGGCAUUGACCAACGUCGUCAGAAAUAACACGGGGGUGGAGAUGCAGUGCAUCGGUCACUUCAGAUUAGUGUUCUCCCUGCUUAACGUCAGCCACGCCCCCAUCGCGUUUGGCGCGCUGAACCUAAUUGGCGUCGUCGCUAGAAACAACGAGUGCAUAAACGACAUAGCGGCAAGCGGAGUCCUAGGCCAUCUUUUGCUGGUGCUCUUUCUCAUGCCUGAAGCCCAAGAACAGGUGCUGGACAUCUUGCGGGCGCUCAUGACAAAUACGAAAAUCGUCAAGGAGUCGUUAAAUAAAGGUGCGGUGAUAUACAUGCUCGAUCUGUUCUGCAACUCGAACGACGUCCGGGUGCGACAAUCGUCCGCCGAGCUCUUGGCCAAAAUGAGCCUCGACAAGUUGGUCGGACCGAAGGUGAGACUGGCGAUCGAAACUUUUUUGCCGCCGAUAUUUUCCGACGCCAUGCGAGACAGUCCCGAGACUUCGGUGACGAUGUUUGAGUCGGAACAUGAACAUCCCGAACUCAUAUGGAAUCAGGACGCGAAAGACAGGGUGUGUUCAAUCGUGGCCACGUUAAAGAGCGAACAUUACCAAGCGCAGUCCGCGAACCGGUCAGCCAUGUGGAAGAAACCGGACACCAACGGUCUAGCGAACGUCGCGAUGCCAAACGAAGUCAUCGUGGGCGGGGUCUACUUGAGGAUAUUCGUCGCGAACCCGGCGUGGACGCUGCGCAGACCUAAAGAGUUUCUCUGCGAACUGCUCGACGCCUGCCUAAACCACAUGAGCAAGGACAAGGUGGACGUUGAACUGUUGGACCUGACAACAAACGCGUUAUGCUCCUUACUACAGGCGCAGCCGGCAUUACUCGAUCUAAUCCCGUCGAUGGGCCACAUACCGCGCCUUUGCAAGCAAUUAGGGUCUAGCGCUAAAGAUGGGGUCGUACCAAAAUCGGCCAUACUUAUAUUCAACAGCCUGACAAUAAGCAAUGUGUGCAUCCAUUCCAUCUCCCAAACAGACUGCAUGUUUCCGCUAAAACGGGCGAUGCAGAUAAGAGCCGAUAUGGUUGCGGUGGCUUGCGAAGCGCUUAACCGGAUGUUCUCGAGUAACCAAGAGCCCCUAGUUAAACAGGCACUGGACGCGGACUUUGUGCAGUUCCUGCUGGGUCUGCUCGAGGGUCGGCUCGAGCUGCUCGACAAUCCAUCAGCGACCAAGGCGCAAAUAGUAAAGGCCUUAAAGUCUAUGGGCAGGAGUCUCCUGUAUGGUGACCGGAUCAACGCCAUAUUAGAACGGAGCGGCGUGUGGGCGGAGUAUAAGGAUCAGAAACAUGAUCUGUUCAUUUCAAACACUAACAUAUCAGGAUAUCUUACGGCCGGAACGCCUUCAACUGCCGGUUACUUGACGCAAGGGCCCAGCAGCAAAGUACACAUGGCGCCGCCGCCGGUAGACAAGGACGAUCAACACCGUCCCAUCCCCGACGGAUUUUAGUCGUCGACAGUUAUUGUGAUAC